AUGGCAAGUGAUAUUCCAACUGAACAAAUUGAAUCAACAGUUGAAGCAAUUCAAUCUUUUGAUGCAAUGGGGAUUAAAGAUGAAUUACUUAGAUCUAUUUAUUCAUAUGGUUUUGAAAAACCAUCAGCUAUUCAACAACGAGCUAUUGUACCAUUAAUGCAAGGAAGAAAUUUAAUUGCACAAGCACAAUCAGGAACUGGUAAAACUGCAGCUUUUUCUAUUGGUGUUCUUCAACAAAUUGAUACUAAUAGUAAAGUUUGCCAAGCUAUUCUUCUUUCACCAACAAGAGAACUUGCUCUUCAAACACAAGAAGUUGUUAAGAAUUUAUCACAAUAUCUUGAUAUUAAAACAUUUGCUUGUAUUGGAGGAACAUCAGUAAGAGAAACUAUUGAAGCAUUAAGAAAUGGAGUUCAAGUUGUUGUUGGUACACCAGGUAGAGUUCUUGAUAUGCUUGAUAGACAAGCUAUUGAUCCAAAUACAGUUAAAUAUUUAAUUCUUGAUGAAGCAGAUGAAAUGUUAAGUCAAGGAUUUAAAGAUCAAAUGUAUACCAUUCUUAAAUCACUUCCAUCUACUGUCCAAGUUGGAAUGUUCUCAGCUACUAUGCCAGCUGAUGCACUUGAUAUUUCUAAGAAGUUUAUGGAAAAUCCAGUUAAGAUUUUAGUUAAAAAAGAAGAACUUACAUUAGAAGGUAUUAAACAAUUUUAUAUUGAUGUUGUUAAAGAUGAAUAUAAAAUUGAUACUCUCAUUGAUCUUUAUCAAGUUAUCUCUGUUAAUCAAUCAGUUAUUUUCUGUAACUCAAAGAAUAGAGUAGAAUGGAUUCAAAGAAGACUUCAAGCUCAUAACUAUCCAGUUUCAAUUACUCAUGGUGAUUUAACUAUGGAAGAAAGAAAUAAUGUUUUAAAUGAAUUUAGACAAGGUGCUACUAGAAUUCUUAUUACUACUGAUAUGUUAUCUAGAGGAAUUGAUGUCCAACAAGUUUCUCUUGUUAUUAACUUUGAUAUGCCUGUUUCUGAUGAAUCUUAUAUCCAUAGAAUUGGUAGAUCUGCUCGUUUCGGAAGAAAAGGUGUUGCUAUUGAUUUUAUUACUACUGAAGAAAUGGACACUAUCAAUAGACUCCAAAAGACUUAUGAAACUAAGAUCGUUCCAUUACCAAAGACCUUCAUGGAUUACCUUUAA